UACAGAGAAGUGUAAUGAAGUUGUCCGCUACAUGUGCGAUGUAGUAGUCGAGCUCGUGCCGAACUGAAGGAAGCAAGGAUCUAAAGUGGGUGAUGAAUUUCUGCGAGGAGCGAAUCGUGAGAUGAAUCCUGUUGGUGUGAAGAACCAGAGCUGUGCUUGUGUCUGAAGCUUGAGUGACAUGCCAGAGAAGUCUCAUCACGAUCAUCAUCAGGUCUCAAUGGGUGAAGAAUCUCCUCGCUUGUCCACGGACUUCUCCUUGAGCGGCCAUGACCCUGUCCUGGCCGACUACUGCUCGCUGGCCAUCGAACACUCUGAUAAUGAGCGGCCAGUGAGCACCGUGUCCACUGUCUCAUCAGGCUCCUCUGGAGAGGGCCACAGCAGCCUGUUCAGUGCGUCCCACUGUCCCCAGUCCUUGCCCUCUCUAUCCGCAGAAACCGACAUAAACCUGGAGCUCAGCCCUCCUGAGGAACCUAAUGAACAUCCACCCCCACUGAGGCCUGCAAGCAAGAGACCAAGGCAAGACCCUGCUGCGGGCCAAUUUAACAACAACGCAAGCACUGUUGGAGCCAAUACACUGCCACCAAGCCUGGACGGACCUUCGCCUAUCGCCACUGUAGUGAUGGCACCUAAUUCUCAACUAACCUAUGUGGACCGAGUGGUCAUGGAAAUCAUUGAGACAGAAAGGAUGUAUGUAAGGGACUUGUGCAGUAUUGUGGAGGACUAUCUGGCUCACAUUAUAGACACCAGAAACUUACCCAUUAAGCCUGAGCAAGUGUGUUCCCUUUUUGGCAACAUCGAAGUCAUCUAUGAGUUCAACAGCGAGUUGCUGCAGUCUCUAGAAAUGUGUGACAGUGACCCGGUGGCCAUUGCAUGUUGCUUUGUGGAUAAGAGCGAAUAUUUUGACAUCUACACUCAGUACUGCACAAACUAUCCCAACUCAGUAGCUACACUUACAGAGUGCAUGAGGAACAAGACGCUGGCUAAGUUCUUCCGGGAUCGUCAGGCAACUCUCCAGCAUUCUCUCCCUUUAGGUGCCUACCUGCUGAAGCCUGUACAGAGGAUUUUGAAAUAUCACCUCCUAUUACAGGAAAUCGCCAAACAUUUUGACCCUGAGGAAGAGGGCUAUGAUGUAGUGGAAGAGGCUAUAGUCACCAUGACAGGAGUGGCCUGGUAUAUCAACGACAUGAAGAGGAAGCAUGAGCAUGCUGUGAGACUGCAGGAAAUUCAGUCCCUCCUCAUCAACUGGAAAGGGCCUGACCUCACUACAUAUGGUGAGCUCGUCCUCGAGGGAACCUUCCACGUCCACCGCGCAAAGAAUGAGAGAACGCUGUUCCUCUUUGACAAAAUGCUCCUCAUCACCAAGAAGAGAGGAGAGCAUUACGUCUACAAGACCCAUAUAAUGUGUUCCACUUUAAUGCUGAUUGAAAGUGCCAAGGACUCUCUUCGCUUCAGUGUGACGCACUACAAGCAUCCUAAACAACCUCACACAGUGCAGGCAAAAAAUGUGGAGGAGAAAAAACUGUGGGCUCAUCACAUAAAGCGGCUGAUUCUGGAGAACCAUCAUGCCAUCAUACCGCAGAAAGCCAAAGAUGCCAUUCUGGACAUGAGAUCUGCCUGCCCAGUGAAGUAUCGCUACAGUCCUGAAAGACAAAACAAGGGUGAGGACUUAAUGGUAGGACUGAAAGAACGAAGGCGAUCAGAGCCGUUUAACAGAGUUAAACAGAACAUGAGACCUACAAAAGAAACUCUUAAGCAUGCUGACAGCGUGGGUACUCUGCUGUCGGACAGCAGCCAGAGUUCCCUGCAGGCUGCAGCUAGCGCCUCCACCUUGAGUUCCAGCAUGGACGAAGCAGAGACAGAGAGGCCCAUCACUGAGGAAAGCACGAGUGGAUGGCUCUCCCUAGACUGGAUGAGCAUGAAUGGCCUUGAAACCUGUCGGCUAGAAACGCCAUUCCAUAGAGAGAAAGAGGAGAACGAGGGGGCACUGGAGAAAGUGCGGAGGCGGAGUGGAGAAGAUGAAGAUGAAGAGAUUCUAGUCAAAGACGAGCAGGUAGCUGACUUUGCCAGCUCAGUGUUGGCCGCCAUCUCCUGCUGGCGCUAUAAGGCCAGGGCUUUGCUUUUCACACGGGUCCCAACGAAUAGAGAUGGGGAACAGUCCAUGGAGGAGAAUGAAAUAGUGAAACCUAAGAGAAGCCGAUCCCCCUCUGAAGAAGACCAGGGCGAGAAUUCCACUGUAUGUGAACAAGACUUUUCUGUGGAUCAUUGUUCACAGGCCAUUUCUCUGCCUGGAGAAGAAGAUGAAGAAGAAACAAGACAGCAGCAGUCACACAUUAACCCUCAGGAUGAAGGCAAUGAGAGUGAAGGGAUUUUGGAGGGUAGUGUGGAGUCACUGUACCCAGUCCACAAUGAGAUCCAACUAGAGGACGAGAGCUCUCAAUCCAGAACAAACUUUUCAGAGGAUAUAGAGGACCUGGGGGAGGAGGAAGAAGAAGAUGAAGAAGAGGAAGAAGUUUCAUCAGGAACUGAACCUAGGAGCAUCUUGCCAACAUCUGUGCUAGACAAAGCCAGUGUUAUUGCUGAACACUUUGCUGGCAGCCUCUCUCGGCAAAGCAGUCUGGCAGCUGAUGACAUAUUCUCUUUAGGUUGCCCUUCAUCUCAGACAGGUAGUAGGAGAAGUAGCAUAUUCAGCCUCAAUGCUGAGCUGCUGGACAAAGAGAAGACUCAAGAGCUGAACUGUUCUUCCCCUGAACCAGCUACUUUAAAACUUGUACCUGAAUCUUUAGCUUCAGCCAAUAUUGGAGACAGGCUGGUCACACCAGACCAAAGACCACAAACAAAACCAGAUACUCUCUCCAAAAAAGACAGAAUGCUUAUCCAUAAGAUCAAGCAAUACUAUGAGCAUGCUGAGGAACAAGAUGCCAAUUUCAGCAUCAAACGAAGGGAAAGCCUCUCUUACAUUCCUGCAGGGCUAGUCCGUAAUCUCAGCCGACAGCUCAAUGGCCUUCCCACUGAAGAAGCUGCGGCAAGUCACAAGAAGGCCUCAAAAAUUUCAAGGCCAACUUCUUGGGCAGUUUUUGAUCUUCCAGGUCUGGAGAAAGAGAAGAAUUCCAAGGAGGUCAUGGACACAGAGAUUAUGCCUAUUAUAGACAGAAAAGAAGUUAUGGAUAGGUCUCAGGAACUUGCUAAAGAUGAAGAUUUCCAGUCUUCCUCUGAGAUGAUGAGGGUUUGGCAAGACAUGGAGGUUGAAAUCAGUGGAGCUUCUAAGGAGCCUCAAGAUGCUUCUAAAGAUAACAUGAAUGGCACAGUUGCCAACGCUACCCAGGAUCAAAAGAGACAGGAGAGUUCUUAUAGUGACCUUGGUGAACCCCUGCUAAUAUUGGAAGAAUCUGACAACAGCAUGGCUGGACAAGGAACAUCAACACCACUUAACAACUUCCAAGGCAAAGAGCAUGAACUGGGGAAUGACUUAUACAGUGAUCAGAAGCUCCAAGAGACAGAGAAGAUCAGACAUGCUCCUCUACCCAAGAUUGUCUCCCUAAGGUCAAGCUCAGAAGAAGACCUAAUGCUACAAGAUAUGGAGAAGAUGAAGAAUAAAGUGUUCCAGCUAGCUAGGCAGUACAGCCAGCGUAUUAAGAACAAUAGGCCUGUAGUGAGACAGAGAGCAAAGGUGUCAGAGAGCAACUUCAGCCACAAAAAGCUGUCGUCUGUUGUGGAAGACAAAACUCCAGAGAAUGAGAUGGGUAUGCAGAGCCUGUCACUAUCACUUGGUUCAUCUGAGCACACAGACUCGAGUUCAUCACUGAGCCCCUGCUCCCUGGGCAGUCCUCAACUGCAGUCCGCUAUCAGACCACCUGCUCUGGAUCCACAAAGUCCAGUCUACACUGAGAGCUUUAACUGGCCAGAUGUAAGAGAGCUGCGUUCCAAAUACUCCAACCCGAAUCCUCAGUUAGUCUCAAUUAAUCGCAGUUGCUCUGUCCCAGACCGAAUGCUUGAGGUUGGACGAAAUAAUCCCACAGCCCGACGAAGCUGCUCCUGUUCCAGCCCAGUUUAUGACCGUAUAGAUCCCCGCACAACACCAACCAAAGACACUACCACUACCCCCUCCAUGGACCAGGGACCUGCAGGACAGGAUGUGGUUAAACUGUGCAAAAGCAGUUCUUUGGAACACAUGAUGGGACCGUGUCAUUUUAAACAGCAAACGAACCUUACAGACAUCCCAAGGAACUAUUACAUAUCUGGCCAGGCCACCUUGCCCAAUGAAAACAAGAUCAUUAUAGUGGAAAGGGUUAUUAAGACAGAAAAUAAUGGUCUGGCAGCAGGCAAAGAGAAGAAAGAGGAGCUUCAUGAAGACCAACUAAGGUGCCUGGACAGUGAUGAAACAUCUAUACUGAGUUCAUUUGGAAAAACAGAGAACAGCCAACACAGUUUAGUCAAAAAUCUGCGGGAGAAGUUCCAAAACCUCAGUUCAUACACGUAAAUGUUCUUUUACGCUGCUUUCAGACUUUCUACUAUUGUACAUUACUGCACACAGAGGCCCAGUGUUUUUCUACAAAGAUAUCUAAGCAUAAAGUCUUAUAGGGUUGUGGCAAUAUGCCACCCAUGUGUUCAUUAUGUAGAUUGUAUGUUGUUAAGAAUGGAGUGCCCAGGCCUUCAAAUGAGUGAUAUGAUUAUGCUGUAUCAAUUGAAUUAAAUGGUAUAAAGGACAUUUAUAAACUCAGACCUCACGUAUUUAUGAAAUUGACUUUUUGUUGUGUAAUUUAGUGUAUAUUAGCAUUUUUGACAGUUUAUAUAUGUACAAAAGCGUUUGGUUACUGCCUGCAUAACAUGACACUGGUAAGCUUACUCAGGAUAAAUUUACCUCUGAUAUGCUAUUUCAAGAUCUGUAUCAUUACUAUCAUUUUCAUUUUUAUAUGUACUCUAUGUAUGUAUGUAUGUAUCUGUUCUCUGAAGUGUCCAGUAGCCAUAUCUCCCCAGCAAUCUAGUAUAUAAUUGGGACUAGGGCCAAUUAUAUGGCCUAUGGGUAUGUAUGAUAGCUUGUAAUAUCGGGCAACCGCAGUAGAAUUCGGCUUGUUAUGUAUAUUCUCGUAAAGCUGUCACUUUCCAGUAACAAUAAGUCAGUAAACGGAUGAUUCCAAUUAAACAGUAGUGGACAAAAGUAGGGAUGGAUGCACUUUGAUCCCAGACACUCAUUUGUUUGUUUGUUUCUAUCCAAAACAUUCCUGUCAUAAAAUCUACUGUAAUUUUGUGUAUAAUUUUUUUAAUUUAUUUAAAUAUUGCAUACUGUAUGAA